AUAUCUCCCACAGGCCACAGCAAACAUCUCAAUUAGAGCAAAUCAUCUUAUAUCUUCAAUGACCAUAAAAGUCCAUGGCAGCGUCUUCUCGACUGCAACGUUGAGAGUUCGUGUUUGCCUUACUGAGAAAUCUCUUGACUACGAGUUUAUCCCCGUCGACCUUCGCUCUGGCCACCACAAGCUGGAUUCUUUUCUUUCCCUCAAUCCCUUCGGUCAAAUCCCGGCCUUUCAAGAUGGAGACCUCAACCUCUUCGAAUCGAGGGCAAUCACUCGGUACAUCGCGCAUUCAUACGCCGGGAAAGGCAUUCCACUAGUAUCCUCAGCUGUGGAGGACGUUUGGGCGGAGGUGGAGGCUCAGAGGUAUGAGCCACCAGCGGCGAAGCUGACGUGGGAGCUGGGAAUCAAGCCCAUGUUGGGAAUGGCAACAGAUGAUGAUGUUGUCAAGGCUCAAGAGGCCGAGCUGGCUAAGGUUCUUGACGUGUAUGAGGCCCGCCUCGCCCACUCCAAAUACUUGGGUGGGGAGGCCUUCUCUCUGGCUGACCUCCACCACCUCCCCACCUUGAAGUAUCUUAUGGCCUCGCCGGUUAAGGCGGUUUUCGACGCCCGCCCUCACGUGGCUGCUUGGGUGGCCGAUAUCAUGGCUAGGCCAUCCUGGCAGAAGGUUCUAGCUGAGUAUUGAGCCUUUGGCUAAUGUUUCAUAUCAUCACCUUUCCAUUAUUUCAUGAUUUUAUAUGUUAUAGCCAAGCCACUUAUGGUCAUGGAGUCUUUCAACUAAAAAAUUUCCUACACUCUGUUCGAACUUCAAAUGUUACUACUUGUUUCAUUUACUGUAUUUUGAUAUUCACGAAUAGUAAUAAUAAUAACAAUAAUACUGUGA